UAAAAAUUUUGUCGUCUGGUGGAGAGGUUAAAGAAUGAUGAAUUGAAGGAACGCGUUAAAACGUAAUUUAGUUUUAAAGAAAGUAAAAGAUAAAGUUUUUGUUAUGUUUUUAGCGAAAUAAGAAUGUAUAAAUGAGUCAGUAAAUAAAAUAUAAGUGCACUUAAUAUCUUUUUAAGAAUAUAUUAAUAAAUUGAAGUUUUAAAUUGUGGAAAGUGAGAAUAUAGAUAACAUUUAUGUGCAGUUUUUUUGCAAAUUACGAUAUUGCACAAUAUUAAAUUUUGUGAAAAUUACAAAUAUUUAAUUGCUGCUUGCAGCUGUCGCAUCAGUUGUGAGUUUCUCUGUGUUGUCAAUAAAUACAUUCAACCGCGCGGUGUAGUGUAAAAUUUAUGCUGUUUGCACUAUCAAAGAAAUAAAAGAGAGUUAACUCAAUUUUUUCAUAGUUGACCCUUUACUUUGGACUGUUUUUUUUGUUAAAAUUAAUUGUUUUAGAGUUCAGUGCGUCACCGUAAAAGCAGAAAUCGUUUUAUAAAACAAAAACGCUUCGGACACCUUAAAAGCUCACCAUAUUUCAUAAUAAAUAACCGCACUAACACAAAGUGCUUUUAAUUGAGACUAUGACAAUUCCGACACGACCAGCCCCAGCUCCGCCAGGUUCUCGUGCUCAAAAUGCUGUAGCUGGAGCAAACGCCAGUCUCGAGCAAUUACGGUUGCAAUUACAACAACAAAAUGGUAGCAUACAAAAUUUCACUGUUAAGUUACCUCCUCCACCCAAAGGAUCAACAACAAAUGGUGUACAACAUAGAAACAUAUCGAAUCAUAGCAACAAUAAUAGUGACACAACAACUAUAACACGGAAAUUUCCACAAGCUCGUUACGCACCCGCCACAAGUUGGGACGACAAACCGUUUGAUCAUAUUUCAAAUAGUAAUUUCAAAAAGGUUCCACCACCUAGACCCCCACCGCCUAAAGCACAACCGCUUGGACGUAAAUUAAAUGCACCACUACCACCGGCACAACAAUCAACGAAUAUUUUAACGAAUAUUUUCAAUCGCAAGAAAUCUACUAGAGCACCAACUCCCACAAAUACAGUGGCACGUAAUUAUAAUUCCAGCAGUCACACUUACGGCAGUACAGUUUCAGCUUCCUCAACGUCACAAUACAACUCAAACAAUUAUUCGUCUAAUAAUUGGAAUAGCAGUUGGAAUACAACUACCAACACUAUUAGUUCUCAGUCCUCGUCAAGCUUAAGUACACUUACAGCGAAUAUCAAUCCUCAAGAAGCACAAUUAAUCAGUUUUGAUUCGCCGCCAAGUUCACCUACAUUUACACAGAAAUCGAAUAAGUCAAACAGUGAUUGUUUGAGUGUCGAUAGCUUCAGUUCAGAUUCAAAUUUCAGUUCACCUCAAAAUGGUAGUGUUUCACAGCCAGAAAGCGGUUUUGAGGAUGAUUUUAGCGCUACACGCAGUAGGCCGCCUACCACAAGUCCAUUAGAUCCAUGGGAAACAUUAGACGCAUUCGAUGCCGAUUCAACAAUAUAUGGCAAUACUGCUACUAUUGGCACAGCACCAGUUCGUAAUCUUAACUCCAUAAAUACACGAAUACAAGCCAGUAACGAUAAUCCACUAUGUAACGGUAAAAGUUUGUUACCUCCAACAACAUCAUUAACUGUACCUACAAUAAUAAAACCUAAAAUAUCACAAAAGCCAAAAGCUCCAAAACCACCGGUGUUAUCAAAACCAACAUUUGGUUAUAAUAGCGUGCUGGAUACUGAUUUAUCGACACCGCCUUCACCACCAAUGCCACAGUGCCCACCACCAGCAUUACCGCAAUCAAAUGUGUCUCUGCUGGAUGUAAUUUCUGGCAAAGCAGAUGCCAUACAUUUAGGAACAGGUGCUGCCUAUACUGAAGAGUUGCCUCAACCUUAUGGCACAGCCUUAUAUGAUUUUGAUGGUGUCGAAGAAGGCGAUCUUAGUUUUAGGGAAAACGAAAAAAUUUAUUUAUUGGAACAAGUAAGCACUGAGUGGUAUCGAGGUCGUACAAGAGCGGGCUGUGAAGGCAUUUUUCCGGUAAACUACAUUGAUAUUAAGGUAACACUUGAAAGCGUUAGAACUCCAACCAGUCAACAAGAGAGCACUAGAGAGCGUUCAAGCACUAUUGGAAGUCAAAACAUUUAUAAACCAAUAGCAGUACGUUGCCUAUAUAAUUUUCCGGCGGAAGUGCAAGGUGAUUUGGCAUUAAAGGAAAAUGAUUUUGUCACUAUUCUGUAUAAAAUCAAUGAAGACUGGCUUCAUGGGGAAUACGGUGGCAGGCAGGGUCAGUUCCCAUCAAAUUUUCUUGAAUACGUUCCAGAUAAUAUACCAAUGCCUUGAAUAAGUAACAUGUGCGACUGUAUGUGUUUUUUUUUCAAACCAAAUCUGUGCUAUAUUACUAAAAUCUAUAUAAUUUUAUAUUUAUAAGAAUUAUUGUGAUGACUUAUAAAUAUUUCGGUUUAUAUUGCAGAGUAUUAAGAUUAAAUUAUGAUUGCGUAAAAAUAAUUAUGUGAACGGAC